AUGGCGAAAAAGACAAAGCUAAAAGCUGCACUGUCGUCCCACCAGGCACGGUUAGCUAAAAACCUGAAGGCGAAAAAGCAGCUCGCAGCUGGGUCCAAACCCAAGGACUUGAGCUCAGGAACUAAAGACAAACGUCGCCCUACGAACAAGAAACGGCCAACUAACCCCUUCCAACCAACUGACACAAUCCUUCUAAUCGGAGAGGGAAAUUUCUCUUUCGCUCAGGCUCUUCUAUCUCAUCCUGAUCUACAAUAUCUUCCUGCAAAGAACGUGACGGCGACUGCAUAUGAUUCAGAACAAAAAUGCUAUGACAAGUAUCCUGAGUCGCAUCGGAUAGUCUCCGACCUCCGGAACCGUGGAGUGGAGCUACUAUUUUCUGUUGAUGCAACUGCCUUGGAAAAGUGCAAAGCACUGAGAGGAAAGAGAUGGAACCGUGUUGUGUGGAAUUUUCCUCAUGCUGGAAAGGGAAUCACUGAUCAGGAUCGUAAUAUACUAUCCAACCAAAUGAUUCUCCUUGGUUUUCUUAAAUCGGUUGCACCUUUUCUUGCAGCAGGACGUAUCCCUUCCGUCCAUGCACGUCGAAAGAAAAAGCUUAGGGACAACGAUGAGAGUGGCAAUGACUCGGACGAUGUUGACAAUCAAGGAGAUAACGAGGACGCUAUAUCCAUAAAUGACGUUGUCUUAGAUGAGCCUCCAGGCAUCGCAGAUCGUACGAGCACUCGAGGGACAGUGCUAAUUACUUUGCGCAAUGUCCCACCCUAUACAGAAUGGAAUUUACCGAAACUUGCGAAGUCGCCUCCAUUGUCACAGUCGUCAUCAACUAAACCAAAUCCGCAAUAUAUUCAGCUUCGGUCGUUUGUAUUCCACCGUGAAGACUGGCCAGGCUACGAGCACCGUAUGACAAAAGGCGAGCGCGCUCACGGGACCGGGACGACUGGAAAAGGCGGAGAGGACCGUACGUGGGAAUUCUGCCUCAAGGAUGCAAACUAAGUUUGCCAUAAAAUGGUAAUACUUGAAAGAGCAAAGUGGUGUUCACGUUUUCAAAUCACCGGGAAUUGAUGCAGCAAAAUUGGUAUUUACUGCUGUGUCUCGAGCACUUCUCUGCUACCUUUCCAACCGCGCAAUCGUAUGUCUGUGCUCUUGCAGCUUCGACUCUGCAAUUAUGUCAGCCUCAAUAGAUCUCAGGCCUGCUUGGUUGAAG